CAAAAUUUGGGCUUGAUAUUCACGAGGAAGAAGGCUUAAUUUUGGAGGCUUAAACUAGAUCUAAAGCAUCCGAUUUGGAAGCUGCUUGAUAUUGAAAGUGAAGUCCUCAUUCCAGGGCUUGAUAUUCACGAGGAAGAAGGCUUAAUUUUGGAGGCUUAAACUAGAGCUAAAGCAUCCGAUUUGGAAGAAAUGGAGGUUGGAGGUAGCAGUCAUGAUAUCCGAGGGGUCGAAUCUAGACGAAUAUGGAGUAAAAGGGAGGAAGAUGCUUUGCUGUUUAUUUUAGAUGAGGUUGUAGCUAGUGGGCAGCGGUGUGAUACAAGAUCACUCAAGCCUGGCAAAAGUGCUAUGAUUGAGAGGCGAUUAGCUGAGAUAUGUCCUAAUUCGGGGUUGCGAGCAAAUCCACACAUUGAGUCAAAAUUAAAAAAGUGGAAGAAGCAAUACGGUAUAAUAUACGAUAUGCUAAACAAAAGUGGGUUUGGAUGGAAUGACUCUCUUAAAUGUGUGGAAGUUGAUAGUGACGAAGUUUGGAAAGCAUAUGUGCAGAGUAAUCCAAGUGCAAAAGCAUGGAGAGGUAAAUCGUUUCCGAUGUAUGAGAGGCUUGCUACAAUUUUUGGAAAGGAUCGGGCAACAGGACAUGGAGCACAAACUCCGAUUGAUAUGGUCAAUGAUUUGAAUUUGGAUAGUGGAAAUGAACAAUUUAAUGAUGUGUGUUCUCCUAUGUCUAUGAAUGAAAUACAUAGUGAACCAUCCACCCGGCCUAAAUCAAGAGGUAAGAGAAAAUCUGGAUUGAAGGAUGAUGAUAUUGUGAGCGGGUUUGGCAAUGUAGCAGAGAAAUUGUUUGAUAAAUUGGCUGCGAAGUUAGAUAAAUCUGAAGCCAAGUAUCCACAAUACUUAGCUAUGGAGCUUGACUGGUUAGGCUUCUCUGCUGAUGACAAUCUCGAUAUCUCUAAGGCAAUGAGAUUGGAUCCAUUGAAUGUCGAGGUGCUUAAGAUUAUUAGGACGGAUGCGGGCAAGAUUGAAUUUGCUAGGAAAUUUUUCAAUUACUAAGUAUCAUUGUGGAUCAUAUAUUUAAGCCUAUGUAUGAGGGGAUGAUAAUUAGGAACACUUAUAUUUGAACUUUAUGGACAUAUGUUGUAUGGUUGUUUAUGGACAUAUGUGGUAUGGUAAUGGAUGUUGGUAUCUAAUUAUGCAUCUAAAGACACUUUUACAAAGCAUGUGUUAUGUUUUAGUGUAUUAAUAUGCACUUGAUUGAUUUAA